CUUAAACGAGUUACUGAAGAUGAUACCGAAGACACGUCGAAUGAUAUGUUUUACUCUGCUGGAGAAGAAAAGGGGCUAGAGGAAGGCACUGAUGAAGGCACCGAUGCUGAGAGCCCAUCGCCUCCGGGUGAAUCUGAUACGGAGGCUUCGACGGAGAGUCGUAGUGAGGCAGAAGGUUCAGAAGAUUCAGAUGAUUCCGACGAUUCUUUGGAAGAUAUGAUUUCUCUCGCUGCCCCAGAACUACCACAGCAGCAAUCUGGAGCAAUGUCUGCCUUCUCCUCUGCCACUCCUAGACUCGGUGGAAGGUCCCUUGGAAUACACUCCCCGGGCUCUGUGUUUUCCAGCUUUACAUCCAAUACUGCUCGUCAGGGCAGACACUCCGGCAAAACAUUCAAGGCUGAAUGUCUCCUCGACCACAUACCCAAUGAGCUCCUCCAUCCAAAACCCCGAGAAGAGGAUGACCCUGAUGCAUUCAUCUUUGUUGAUGUGCACACCCUUGUCAAGAUAGGGUGCUUCUCUGGCGACUGGGUUCGUGUGGCUCCGACAGAGGAACCUCAACGAAAUAUGCUAUCCUCCUUAGCUUCUAGCGGUCUCAACGGCUUAAUGGGAAGCACUGAAGAACCCGAGAACUGGCGUGUCGCAAGGGUUUACGGUGUUACGGGCCUAUCUCCUCCAAAAAUCAGGUAUGCAAUGAACAAGUCGGCAGAAAGAUCGUCUAGCAUCUCACAGAUCCCUCCCCAUGGUCUCACUCCAACGGUCCUUUUACCUCCACUUCUCCUGCAUAACCUGCAGAGCCCUAGCUACGUAAAACUUUCUCCCUUGUCCCUUGGCCCAGCUCAACACGGCCCUUCGAAACUGGGACUAGCAGCCUCCCGUGGUAGCAGUGUGCCCAAAGCACCUCCUACGGCCAAAGAAGUCACUCUGUUAAAAAUAUCUACGCCUCUAUCUCUAGACAGAGCACUUCAGCCCGCCAUAUUUGCUGCUCUUAAGCAUCAUUUCGAAUCGAAACGGCGGCUGGUAAAAGCCGGGGAUAUGAUUGGAAUUAGUAUAGAUGAGGGACUUGGAAGGACUGUUUUCUCUGCGACCAAGAGCGCAGAUGCUGUCGGCCAGGAGGAUGAAUUACCUUCCCAGCUAGCCCUUUCUUCGGGUAAACCUAGUCAUUCCAGCAAGGUUGGCGUGGCUUGGUUCCGUGUCAGCCAUGUCACAGCUCCUAUGACCAGCACAGAGCCAGACGGUGCCCCUGACCAUGAAUUGUGGGGCGGAGUGGCAGCUAUUGAUACCCUCAAUACCCGAAUGGUGCAAGCAGGAAGUGAAAUUGGAACCGUUCCCGGAACUCUAAAGAACACAUGGGAGUACUGGCUCUCCGUCAAAUCGGCGCCACAGCCGAGUAUAGAGCAGAGUGCCACUCCAUGGCUGCAGGCGGACUCCCCUGCAGUUUUUAUAUCUCCAAUUCAGAGGCGUGUGAGAGAGCUGAUAGCCGCUGCUACAAGCCCAAGAGCCAUACAACUGGGACUAAAGCCAGUUGUUAUCCUUCUCACCUCUACGCAGAGAAAUAUUGGCAAGUCAACAGUUGCACGUCGAGCAUGCGCUGAUAUAGGUCUUCACACUUUCACCAUUGAUUCAUAUGACAUUCUCAGCGAAGGAGGGGCAAAUGGGGGAGAUAUGAAAACAGAGGCAUAUCUGAAGGCGAGAGCAGAUAGAGCGUUUGCCUGCGGUUCUGCUUGCACUGCUCUGUUGAUAGAGCACAUUGAAGUGUUGACGGCUGAUAGAAUUGUUACAUCCUUAAAAGAAAUUGUUUCAAGUUCUCGAGUUGUCAUUGCCACGACCACCGACGUGGAAAAGGUUCCCGAAGGGAUUAGAAGUCUCUUCACGCACGAGCUUGAAAUGACGGCCCCCGAAGAGAAGGAAAGAGAAGGUAUUCUUAGAAAUGCGGUGGCUGAUCUAGCCUUGCGACUAUCUCCCAAUGUUGAUUUAGCUUCGGUAGCUGUUAAGACAGCUGCACUUGUUGCUGGAGACUUAGUCGACGUUGUUGAAAGAGCUGUGGCUGAACGGACUUUACGGCUAGAGAAGCUCGCAGAUUCCGCCGCGCCUCCUGACGCAAAGUCAAAUGUCAGUGUCCGAGAUGUUCAAAUCGCAGGUGGUGAUGCUACUAGAUCUGUGACCAAGGCUGAUUUUGAUGCUGCUGUCGACGCUGCACGAAAAAACUUUGCCGAUUCCAUCGGGGCUCCAAAGAUCCCUAACGUUACUUGGGACGAUGUCGGUGGACUUAGCAAUGUGAAGGAUGCUGUCAUGGAAACUAUCCAACUUCCACUUGAACGGCCGGAACUCUUUGCGAAGGGUAUGAAAAAGCGAAGCGGUAUCCUAUUCUAUGGCCCUCCGGGAACAGGGAAAACAUUGCUUGCAAAGGCAAUUGCUACGGAAUUUUCUCUCAACUUCUUUUCCGUCAAAGGCCCUGAGUUAUUGAACAUGUACAUUGGAGAGUCCGAAGCGAAUGUCCGUAGGGUUUUCCAACGCGCUCGAGAUGCACGACCAUGCGUUGUCUUCUUCGACGAACUGGACUCUGUAGCACCCAAGCGUGGCAACCAAGGAGACAGUGGUGGUGUCAUGGACAGAAUUGUCAGCCAGCUUCUUGCAGAACUUGAUGGUAUGAGUGGUGGUGAUGAGAAUGGGGGCGGAGUUUUCGUUAUUGGUGCUACCAACCGCCCUGAUCUAUUAGAUGCAGCCUUACUACGACCCGGCAGAUUUGAUAAAAUGCUCUACCUUGGUGUUUCGGAUACCCAUGAUAAGCAACUUACCAUUCUAGAAGCUCUGACUCGGAAGUUUAAUCUGCAUCCGGACCUUUCGCUGAAGAGAGUUGCAGAACUCUUGCCGUUCACUUAUACCGGUGCCGACUUGUACGCACUCUGCUCGGAUGCCAUGCUCAAGGCAAUCACUCGGCAAGCUACUGCCGUGGAUGAAAGAAUAAAGGCUCUCCCUAAUGGACCAGUUACAACGGCAUACUUCUUUGAUCACCUCGCCACCCCUGAAGAUACUGCUGUAAUGGUCACGGAGCAAGAUUUCAUUGAAGCGAAGAAUGAGCUGGUUCCUAGUGUUAGCGCGAAAGAGCUUGAACAUUUCGAACGAGUGCGGAAGACAUUUGAGACUGUUGACUCCAAGAAGUCAUCCCUUUCUAACGAGCAGAAGGCAAUCGAGGAUGUGUCUAGAGAUGGUGUGGAUAUCACAGCGGAUGGCUCCCUGACAAUAGGCGAAGCCCUCAACGCUUCCAACAAACCGACCGGAGAUGCCAAGGAUACCGGAGAAGACGAUGACUACAUAGUCAGAACUGAUCAUUUAGCCAGCACUGAGUCGUCAAAAUAA